CACCACGCACAAAAACACACACCCAUGGACUCCACCCUGCCCCUCGCUGUUCCAGGAACUGUUCAGUGCAUCUGCUGCUGCCGCUGAACACACACACACACACACACACACCAGGACAGAGGCGAGGCCACUCAACACCUCCACAUUUCGCCCAGUGCGACGGAAAGAGUUCGUUCCGUCCUCAACUUUCGCUCGGCACCAUGUCCAGGUCAGACUACCCUCCAGGAUAUGAUGACUCUCAUGUCCCACCGUACGCACCACAGGGCGGGCCGUACGCACCACAGGGCGGGCCUUACCCACCACCCCCUGCCUACGGCUUUCCUUCAUACCUUAAUCCCCAGCCAGGCCAGCCGUCUGCUCCCUACCCUGCUGGUCCAAACACCCCUUUAUUCCCAGGCCAGCCUGCGGGCUACCCUCCUGGCCCAUACCAAGGACAGCCUCACCCUGCUGGGCGAGGCUACCCCAAUCCGCCUCCCAUGCCCCCUAUUAUCCCACCUACCAUACCAUCAGAUGUCCUGAGCUCAGGUGAUGGGUUCGCGGCGAGCGGCAGUGGUUGGGACAGUCUGAGUGUUCGGCAUGCCUUCAUCAGAAAGGUGUAUUUGAUUUUGGCAGUUCAGCUCCUCAUCACCACAGCCGUCGUGUCUGUAUUCACUUUUGUUUCACCUGUCCGAGAUUUCGUACAGCAAUACCCGGCUAUCUACUGGGUGUCAUAUGCCGUGUAUAUCGUCACCCACCUUGUGCUGGUUUGCUGUAAAGGCCCACGGAGGAAGUUCCCAUGGAACAUAAUUCUGCUGCUCAUCUUUACUCUGGCUUUGUCUUACCUGACUGGAUCCAUAUCCAGUUACUACGACACAAAAGCGGUGUUUCUCGCUGUGGCGAUCACUGCUGUUGUCUGCAUCGCCGUGACGAUCUUCUGCUUCCAGACAAAGGUUGACUUCACUAAGUGCCAGGGACUCUUCUGCGUCCUGGGGAUCGUCGUCCUCGUGACUGGCAUCAUUACAACCAUUGUGCUGUCCUUCAAAUAUAUUCCGUGGCUUCACAUGGUUUAUGCAGCUUUUGGAGCCAUAGCCUUCACUUUGUUCCUGGCAUACCACACACAACUGCUGAUAGGGAACAGGAAGCACUCCAUCAGUCCUGAGGAGUAUGUGUUCGCUGCACUCUCCCUCUACGUGGACAUUGUCCAGAUCUUCCUUUUCCUGCUGCAACUUAUCGGUGCGUCGUCCAGAUAAGUCCCGAGGCGUCCACGAGCAGCCAGCCGCAAACCAUUCCAUGCUUUUUAAAAACCUUUGCUCGUUUCCGGUCAGAAUCAGGACACAUUCAUGCAAUGAUGGCGCACUUCAGUUGCAACAUGUUGGAAGGGCUGAAUUUGAGAUGUCACAGUGUAGGUUAAUCCUAUGCACAACAAUGCACUUUUUCUGAAAUCUGUAUUUGUCUGUAUCUCUCUAAAAACUUACCAGUGGUUAGCAAAAAGUAUUAAUACUACAACAACGAUAUUUAUGGACAAUGGAAGGCCAGCUGCAACAUUAAGUCACUCUUGCUGGACUAAAGCGAAGUGUUAGAACAUUGUUGAGGGGGGGUUUGGAAUGUAGGUGUUCUGCCAUACCUGAACAUAUAUCUAUUCUGUAUAAAUGUUGAGAUGUUGGUUGCAGGUCAGAUUUGCCAUCACAGAGGCCAUCUUUCUCUUUGUCUUUAAAGUACAGUAGUGGUACGAGCGGGCCUAACAUUUGGUUUCUAUCCAACACCAAGUUAAACCAGGACCAGGUUCAUUGCAUCCAUAUGGACAUUGAUUCAUAUUUAUUUUUUUUAUUAUUGAAAGAAUCUGAUGUACUUUCAUGGAGCGGUAGACAUGCGUCAUGAUUGAUGACCUGAAUCAUUUAAAGGCUAUGUCUAAAUUUGUUUUAAUUACCACAGAAUACUUUGCCAAAUAUUAAUAGUUUAUUUUUCCUGUUACUUAAAAAGUUCAACAGGUUUGGAGGAACCCCAAUUUACUUUCUUUUUGACAGGUAUAUGACAAGAUUAAAACAAAAAACCUGCAACCAGCAGACGGUUAGCUUAGCCUAAAGUCUGGAAACAAAGGGGAGAAAAGCCUACCAGUCGCUCUAAUGCUCAUUAACUAACGAUAUAUCAUUAAUGCAUUAAUUAACUUUAAAGAAACAUUGAAAUUUUUAAGGAAUCGUGAAAAAUCUUCCCACCAACACCACUGAAGCUCACUUAUAAAAUUUGUGUAAAAACAUCCGGCCUUUUUAUUGACUGUGAUUGUAUGGAUAAAACACAAAUGCUAUCUAAUAUAUAGUAUAUUCUGUUAAUUAGUGACUAUUAAGAGGCUGGUAGGUGGGUUUUGUUUUCUUUUGAAGAGAGCAGGCAGACCGACUGUUAGUCAUUAUGCUGUGCUAAGCUAACCGCAAGUUGUAAGUACCGAACAAUUGCUUUGAUUAUAUGCACGUUAAAAAGCAAAAUUGGCUUUAAUAGUCAAAUGUUAAUGAAGAUAUGCACACGACAGCAGCUGAAAGCUAAUGGUGCCGCUGGAAGAAGACUGCUGAGCUACCCCAGACGUGAUGCUACAUGAUGUAUGAUGAAACAUUUGGCAUUGCAAAACACUUCCUAUUUGUAGUAUCAAUACUUUGGGGGGGGCUUGACAUGCCCACCCCUGAAAUACAGCUCUUUGGUGACAGCCUCAGAUCUGCUGUCAUGGGUCUUUAAUACAUGAGUUGUUAUCAUCUAUAUGCAUCCCUGUAGUGCCUUCACCAUGACAACCUUUGAGAGACCAACCUUUUUUUCUUCUUACUAAAAGAAGUGCAGCUUUCUACGCAAUACACUUGUAGUGUUGUUACAUACUGUAUGUGCCUGUCUAUGUAUUCUUGUGUUAGUCAGAUUUGGGGUCAGAUUUUGCGGGUGCCAGCGGGAUGGGUUUUCCAUACACAAGAGCACAAUUGGUGCAAUGGUGUUUUAAUAACUCGAACACUGAUUAAAAAAGUUAGUGCCAAGUUAGCUGGGACACAGAAGUCCAAAAAAAAUUCUUGACAUGAUCAACACCACUGUUCAUAGUGAGUACAGACACAGGCUGAAGUUAAACAUCACUAUUUACUCAAUAUGGCAAAUAUUGAGCGUGUGGCAUAGAUAGUAUUCAUGGGUUUGUAAAUAAACAUCAGUGAUGAAGAGAAUCUGUUUGCCUUUUCAUAUGAAAUUAAAGAAUUUUUAUUGGA